CCAUGAGAUGUAUGUCUCUUGACUUCAAUAAACUGAAACUGAAUCUGAUUGUAGGUAACCGCUAGACAACAUGCUUUAUGUUGUGAUUUGUGUGGCAGAUGGCAGCAUCGCACUUGAGGCACUGGUGUGUCACAGGAGGUGUGCUGGGAGACGAUGAGAGGGAGAGGACUUGACCGUUGGAUUUGCCAGAACUGUUCUCAGGAUCUGCCUGUUCACGAGAGCACCAGACUGAGUUUAUCCACCAACAGGACUGCACAAAUCUCCAUCGACGAGACCAGACCAGUACCAGAGCCAGAACCCAUGGACAUUGAGCCAUCCAUUGUGGAAUGCCUCCCUACACCCCCUGCAGUGACGCUAUUUACGGCUGACUUUGAGCGUGGUAUAAGGAAGGGAUUACAGGAGGUCUUCCCCGAGGCCAGGAUCCGUGGUUGCGUGUUUCACUGGUCUAAGGCAGUGUACACCAAGGUCCAGGAGAAUGGACUACAGGUUGCAUACAGAGAGAGAGACGACGUCAACAAGUGUGUCCGGAAGUUGAUGGCUCUCCCUUUCAUCCCUGAGGAGCACUUCGUUCCUGCCUUCCAGAGGAUAAGCAACUCCGUGGGGGAGGAGGGACCCUUGAGGGAAGUUGUUGACUAUGUCCAACGGACAUGGAUCAACAACCGCACCUGGCCUGUGUCAUCCUGGUGUACCUUCAACCAGUCCAUCCGGACAAACAACGAGGUUGAAGGCUGGCACACCAGGAUGAACAUGCAGAAGGCCCAAGGGUCCCACAACCUGCCAUUCUACGUCCUCCUAGACCUCCUGAGGAAGGAAGCUGACCUCCUCCCCCUGCAGAGACGCCUGGUCAGUGAGGGGAAGCUGCAGAGGCUGCAGAGGAAGUCCACCAGAAAGGUAACAUGAAUUUCAAUUAAUAAUUGAUAUAUUUUAAAUUAA